AUGGUCGAGUUUAGCUUCGACUGGGCUUCAGGAGCUCGCGGGAGCUUCGCUUGGGCGGACUACCUGGUCUUCAGCGUGAUGCUGGUGGCGUCCUUGGCCAUCGGGAUCUUCUACGCCGUCAAGAGCCGCCAUAAGGCCAACGAUGAGUUCCUCCUGGGGAGUCGAAGCCUCACUUGCUUCCCGGUGUCCAUGUCACUCCUCGCCUCCUACAUCUCAUCUAUCCUCGUGCUUGGGGGACCGGCGGAGGCGUAUUAUCACGGCUUGGAGUGGUGGUACAUCUGUGGAGGGCAGCUCGCUCUGGUGGCCGUCGCUCUCAUAUUUGUCCCGUUCUUCUAUGAGUUCAGAAUGACUUCGAUGUAUGAGUACUUGGAGCUGCGGUACGCCUCCCGCUGGGUGAGGAGCGUGGCUGGGGGCAUGUUUGUGAUCCAGAUGUUGCUGUACCAAGCUGUGGUCAUCUACGCCCCGGCCCUCGCCCUUGCCUCCGUCACCGACUUCCCCCUCUGGGUCUCCGUCAUCACCGUCGGCGUCAUAGCCUCCGUCUACACAGCUUUUGGCGGCAUGAAGGCCGUGGUGUGGACGGACGUGCUGCAACUGUCAGUGUUGUUGAUGGGACUGGUGGCCAUCGUGGUGAAGGGCGUGGCAGACAUGGGCAGCUUUCACCACGUCUGGCAGGUGGCCGUUGUCAACGCCCGCGCUGGGCCCUACACGUACGGAUACGCGCCACUCCAGCGUCACACCGCCUCUAACAUUGUAAUUGGCAGUUUGGUGAUGACUAUGUCACAGUACGCCUGUUCUCAGACGGCUGUCCAGCGCUACGCCAGCAUGAAGAACCUGACGCAUGUUUAUAUGGCCAUCUUCCUGGUGAUUCCUCUCUACGUCAUGCUCAUCUCCCUCGCACUGAUAGUGGGUUUGGUGAUAUUCGCGACGUACGAGGGAUGUGACCCCCUGGCGGCGGGUCUCAUUACUAAGAAGGACCAGAUCCUUCCCUUCUACGUCAUGGACCGGCUGAGCUCAGCUCCUGGGCUCCCGGGGCUCUUCGUCGCCUGCAUCUUCUCCGGCGCUCUCAGCACCAUCUCCUCCGGGGUCAACUCACAAGGGGCCGUGACCUGGGAGGACGUCUUCGCUAAAAUACCGAGAUUCGCUAAGCUUCCGAAGACCACUCAAGCCUGGCUCACCAAGCUGUUGGCUCUGGGUUAUGGGUUCCUGGCGGUGGGUCUGGCCUUCCUGGCGGGGAACUUGGGAGGAGUUCUUCAGGCAGCCAUCGCUGUCAUAUCCUCCGUGGCUGGACCUCUGCUGGCGGUGUUCCUCAUGGCUCUGUUUAUGCCCUUCACUAAUUCUAAGGGAGCCUGCACGGCGCUGAUCGUGGGUACCGGGGUAGCGUUGGGCUUCAGCUUCGGGGCCACGGCCAUUGGUCUCCAGCCGGAGCUGCUGCCCACCUCCACUGACGCCUGUCCGGCCAACCUCACCAUCCCUCCACCCAAGGACACUAUCCCACUCAGAGUGUCGGACCUGCAGUACCCGGAGAGGGUGCUUGGCCUCUCCUACACGCAGCUGGGGCCGCUGGGACUACUGGUGGGGCUCGUGACGGGCGUCCUCGUCAGCGUCGCCACAGGUAUGUCUGGAGGGCGACGCCUGGAGAGGUCCUUGGUUCAUCCCUGGGUGUGGUGGGCCGUGCCUGACCCCGACGACCUUACUGCUAAGGUCAAAGCUCUUUCCUAUGAUAACAAGAUGUCAUCCAAUUUUUGACAGCGAGAGCUUCGCUUGAUUGGAAUUAAAUAGAAAGCCAAAGUGAAGGGGAUGAGUCACAAUAACGUGGCUGAAGUAUGUUGACCAGACCACACACUAGAAGUUGAAGGGACGACGACGUUUCGGUCCGUC